GGAGACAACCUCCCUCCGUUUUUAUUUUCAUACCAGUUUUAUCUUUCUUUCGCUUAUCGAGGACAGUUCUGUUGGGUCCUUCUGAAGGCGGAUCUCCCAUGAAGCUGACAUAACCACACCUGGCCUCCACGCUCACCUGCACAGUUUUCUCUGGAGAUGAAGCUGCUUAGCUUUUCUCUGCUCACGGUGACCAUUCUUCUUUGCUGUAACAUGGUUCAGCCUGAACUAAAGAGGAAGGUUUUGUCCAAACCUGGGUAUUGCCCGGAGUUUCGUCUUUCCUGCCCCUUUGUCCUUAUACCCAAAUGCAGACGUGAUAAAGGCUGCAAGGAUCUCCUAAAGUGUUGCUUCUACUACUGCCAGAUGCGCUGUGUGGAAGCAUGGGAGACUGUAGAUUAGACAAACCUGAGAAGACACAUGUGAUACAGUUUCAGUGGAGGAUAGCUGGCCUCUGUUUCCUUCUCGGCCCAUCCUGAAACCUAAAAUUAAGUGCUUGUUAAUAUGAGUACAAAAUAAAGGAAUUAAGUGUUGUG